AUGUUUAUAUCUCAGGCGACCUCAUUUUACGAAUUCGGUAGUGAUACAUUUUCUCUGAUCGCUGGAAUAUGUGUUCUUCAAGCAAUCCUGUGUCCUUACGUUCUCAUAUUGAUGUUGUUGCUUUCAAUAAUAUUUUAUGCUAUAUCGACGAUUCACAGCCGUGUGCUGAAAGGUAUAAAACUUAUGGAAGGAAAAUCAAGAAGUCCAGUAUUUUCUCAUCUCAGUGUAUCUCUUUAUGGACUGACAACAAUUAGAGCAUUUGAAGCUGAACAUAAAUUUAAAUCCACUUUUAGUAAGUAUCAGGAUAAGCACACUGCAACGUGGAUUGUUUACCUCGCAUUAAAUCGAUGCCUUUCUGUAUAUGGUUACAUCAUCUGUUACAUAAAUGUACUUAUUACUGUUAUUAUUUUCAUUUUAUCGAUUUAUCCAGAUGAUGCAGGAAGCCAAAUUGGACUCGUUAUGAGUUAUGGAGUAUUAUUUGUUUUGUACUUUCCCCUCCUUAUUAGAUAUUCAUCUGAAGUAAAUUUUCAGGUAAUACAUACACAUUUAAUUCGAUAGUGUAUUCAAUGUUAACCUUCCUGUUAUGUGCAUGUAUA